UAGAAAAGGCAGAGCAAGUUGGACGAAACAGUCGGUCCCCAUUACAACUCAUCCAAUGCCUUAUCACUAUUCCAAGAAAAAGUCUUCUCUUCCCAUUAACAAAAUUCUUCAUUCAUUCUUUGAUUUGUUCAACUUUUGAUUUCAUCUAAUAUACGAUUCAAUUCAACAUUUUAUUCGUUCAGAAUUCAGGUACAAAAAUCAAUAGAAUAUGGCAGUUUCACCUGAAGAAUCUUUCCCGCCAAGAAAACGGCGGCCGUCGGCGAACUCCUUCGUCGCCCCGAAUCUCUCCGAUCACAAUCUCCUCCGAUCACUUCUCCUCUUAUCAUCAGAAAUCUCAACUCUACAACCUUUACUAUUUCUCUUGAAAAAAAACACUUCCUCUAUAAUCAGGAAAUCAAAGCUUUUAUCAAUUUUAUUCGAGGAAAUAAGCGGUAGAGAUUGUAGCAGUUCAAACGAUCCCACUACAUCACGAUAUGUAACCGGAUUUCCACCGUCGGCGGCGUUAUGCUUCGACGAAUUGUAUAUAGUUUUACAGCGAAUCAAAACUCUGCUUGAAGAUUGCCGUAAUUGUAGUAAGAUGUGGCUACUUAUGCAAAUUGAGGUGUUUUCUAAUGCUUUUCAUGAACUUACGCUUGAGCUCGCCAUUUUACUGGAUAUUCUUCCUGCUAAAAAGCUGAAACUGAACGACGACGUUCAGGAAUUACUGAUUCUAAUUACGAAGCAGUGCUCGGACAAUUCUGCUUAUGUUGAUCCAAAGGAUCAAGAUUUGCGAUCUCAAAUUGUUGAAAUGCUCGACAGGAUAGAACGAGAAAUCGUUCCUGAUCAAUCUAAAUUGGCGGAGAUUUUCGAUAAAUUGACUUUGCGUGAUUCUAUGAGUUGCAGGGAUGAAAUUGAGUUAUUGGAAGAGGAAAUUCAAAGCCAAACGGACGAAAAGUCCAAAUCUGAUAUCAUCGCGUUGAUCGGAUUUGUACGCUACGCUAAAUGCGUGUUGUACGGUGGUUCCACGCCGAGAACCAAUUCCCGCCGGCGGCGGGCGGCGGCGGAUGUUAGUGUUCCGGCGGAUUUCCGGUGUCCGAUUUCGCUUGACUUGAUGAGAGACCCUGUGGUGGUCUCCACGGGACAAACAUACGACCGCAGUUCAAUAACCCUUUGGUUCGAAUCGGGUCAUACCACGUGUCCUAAAACGGGUCAAACACUGACCCACACGGAAUUAACACCAAAUUCAGCGUUGAAGAAUUUGAUAGCUAUGUGGUGCAGAGAACAGAAAAUUCCGUUUGAGUCAACGGAAUUGAACGUUAAAUCUACCGGUAUUGUUACCAACAAAACGGCAUUGGAAGCCACGAAGAUGACAGUGUCAUUUUUGAUCAACAAGCUGAAGACGUCGCAAUCUGUUGAAACGGCUAAUCGGCUUGUUCAUGAGCUUCGCGUCUUAGCCAAGGCGGACUCGGAUAGCCGGGCCUGCAUUGCGGAAGCUUCAGCUUUGCCGUUAUUGGUUAAGCUCUUAGGUUUGGAGCAUCCGAGCCUACAAGUUAACGCCGUUACAACAAUCCUCAAUCUGUCAAUUCUUGAAGCGAACAAGACGAGGAUAAUGGAAACGGACGGAGUUUUAAACGGAGUUAUUGAAGUGUUACGAUCAGGUGGCACGUGGGAGGCAAAGGGAAACGCGGCAGCAACCAUAUUUAGCUUGACAGGUGUACCUGCUUACAAGAAGAGAUUGGCUCGGAAGACACGUGUCGUGAAGGGACUGAUGGAUUUGGCACGUGGGGGGCCCACGAAUUCAAAGAGGGACGCCUUAGUGGCAAUUUUGAACUUGGCGGGAGAUAGGGAGGCAGUUGGAAAGUUGAUUGAAGGCGGGGUGGUGGAAAUGGUGGCAGAGAUUAUGGAUGGACUAAUGGAAGAGGCAGUGGCGAUUCUUGAAGUGGUGGUGAAGAAGGGUGGGUUGGUGGCUGUAGCGGCCGCGUAUCCGUUGAUUAAAAAACUGGCCAUAGUAUUAAGGGAUGGCACGGAUAGAGCUAGAGAAAGCGCAGCCGCGACACUAGUGAACAUGUGCCGGAAAGGGGGAUCGGAUAUGGUGGCAGAGCUGGCGGCGGUUCAAGGGAUUGAGAGGGUGAUUUGGGAAAUAAUGGGAAUGGGAACAGGAAGGGCUAGAAGAAAAGCAGCAACUUUGUUGCGAGUUCUAAGGAGAUGGGCUGCUGGAUUGGAUGCAGAAGUGGCAUCAGGGGCUUAUUCAGAUGUGAAUAUGAAUACUACUUCAACCAGAAUAGUAUUGCCAGGUUAAUGUUUUUUUUUUCUAUUUUUUCUUCAAAUAUGGAAAAAUUUGUUCUUUUUUUUUUAAAAAAAUUUUGAUUCAGAAAAUCUGAACAUGAAACUGUAACAUUUGAGUCAACGUCCUUUGUGGAUUGUACAAUUGUUUAUACCUUUGUCAAGUUGAAGAAAAAGAGAAAGUUUCUACCUUUAUUGACAAA